AUGUUGAUUGAGCAAGAAAGUAGAUCGGCUCAUUCUAUUCAUUACUUUGCUUAUCAACUUCAACUAAGUCUUGUUGCGGUUUCUAAAAAGUGUGUUGAAGUGGGAGAGCUUGUACUAUUGGUUUCAAGUAUUUUGAAUAUGUUGGGAGCUUCUUUCAAAUGCAUGGAUGAAUAUCGAGAAUCUCAAAAGAAAAGAGUUCAAGAGGCAUUAGAUAUGGGUGAACUUGAAACUGGUAGAGGCUUGCAUCAAGAAUUUGGUCUUACUAGAGCUUGUGAUACUCGUUGGGGAUCCCACUACAAAUCUUUUAGUAACUUUAUUCUUAUGUUUGGUUCAAUUGUUGAUGUACUUAAUGAUAUUGUUGUUGAUUCACAUUGUCCAGAUAAAAAUGCCAAGGCAAUGGGAUUUCACAGAGCAUGUCAAACAUUUGAUGUUGCAUUCAUAUUGCAUUUGAUGAGAGAUAUUUUAGCAAUCACAGAUAUGCUUAAUAAAUGCUUACAGAAAAAAGAGCAAGAUAUCGUAAAUGUCAUGCUACUUGUUCAAGUAGCAAAGAAAAGGUUGUAA